GUGCCUUGAGUUGGAGCGUGCAGGAUGAAGGCUGUGGAGAGCGAGGUCCAUGAUGCGCACUUCACUGUAGACAAACAGAACAUCUCCCUAUGGCCCCGAGAGCCUCCUCCCAAGACGGGUCCGUAUCUGGUUCUGGGGCGGUGUCUCACAGUCCGAGCUGCCGUGGUCUUGCUGACGCUGGUCCUGGUCGCCUCCAUCCUGCUGCAGGCCAUUCUCUAUCCUUGGUUUAUGGGCACAAUGUCAGAUGUCAAGACCAGUGCCCAGUUGCUGCAAGGUCGUGUGGACAACAUCAGCACCCUGAGUUCCGAAAUCAAGAGGAACAGCGGUGGUGUGGAGGCGGCUGGCGUUCAGGUCCGGAUGGUGAAUGCCAGCCUGGAUCAUGUGCGUUCUCAGAUCCAGAGGUUGGAAAUCAGUGUGAAGGAAGCUGAUGCACGGCUGCAGAAGCUAACAAGUAGUUGGGAAGAAGUCGAUAAGUUAAAUGCCCAAAUCCCAGAGUUAAAAAGAGAUUUGGAUAAAGCCAGUGCUUUAAAUGCAAAGGUCUGGGACCUCCAGAGUGGCUUGGGAAAUAUCAGCAAGAUGCUCAAACAGCAAAAUGACAUUCUCCAGAUGAUGUCUCAAGGCUGGAAGUACUUCCGGGGGAACGUCUAUUACUUUUCUGUGAUGAAAAAGACCUGGUACAGUGCCCAGCAGUUCUGUGUGUCCAGGGAAUCUCAUCUGACCUCAGUGACCUCAGAGAGUGAGCAGGAAUUUCUCUACAAGAUGACAGAUGGACUUAUCUACUGGAUCGGCCUGACCAAAGCGGGGAGUGAGUGGGACUGGCACUGGGUGGACGACACGCCAUUUGACAAGCUCCAGAGUGCGAGGUUCUGGAUUCCAGGUGAGCCCAACAACUCUGAGAACAAUGAACACUGUGCCAAUAUAAAGAGGUCCUCACUUCGGUCCUGGAAUGAUGCCCCCUGUGACAUUGAAUUGCUUUUUAUCUGUAAACGACCCUAUGUCCCAUCAGAACCGUGAUAAGACUGACCCCUAAGCUUGCACUUUAAGUUCCAACGCUUGUUGAACUCAAGGAAAUGGUGUUCUCUCCUUCAUACUCCAG